CUACAGUCAUUAGCUGUCUUAUUCUUAAAUAAAUAGCCACAGUAAAUCUUGAUUCAGCAUCAGUGUCAUUUCAGAAGUUCAUUGAGUCAAACUUACAAAUUAUUAUUGAAAAAAAAAAACAAAAAAAAAAUGGUUUUUAAAGUUUUUAUUUUUUGCGGGCUCAUUUAUCAGUCACUUGCAGGAGGUCCUUCAUUUGACGUCAGUUCAUCAUCAAGUUCAACGUUAACAUUACCUGCUUGCAUGACUUGCAAUUACGUUCUAACACAAUUGGCUAAUUUGGAUGAGUUAAGCAGAACAGAUUGUGAUCCAGGAGCAGGCAUUAAAACUUUAAUAACGCUCACAUUUGAUCAAAUCCCUGAAAUUGCAGAUAAAGAUGGAUAUUGUUCUAGAAAUAACGAACCAAUUCCAAAUUCAUGGAAUCCUUUAAUUUAUGGAUUUUACUUUUUAUAAAUUAAGUUGCAUCCUGAAUUUUAUGUUGAAUAAAUAAAAAGAUGAUUUCGGCAUUUC